GAUCGAAAACUACCUUCACCUCCAGCGACGUCUUUGUAUACGUUCUGGUGCUUCUCUCCCUUUAAUCUCCUAUCAACUUGCUCUACACAUUCCAAACCAGAUCCAUCAUGAGGGAGUGCAUCUCGAUCCACAUUGGUCAGGCCGGUAUCCAGGUCGGAAAUGCUUGCUGGGAGCUCUAUUGCCUCGAACACGGAAUUCAGCCUGAUGGACAGAUGCCUGGUGACCACACUGUAGGCGGAGGUGACGAUGCUUUCAACACCUUCUUCAGCGAGACCGGUGCUGGAAAGCACGUUCCUCGUGCUGUGUUUGUCGAUCUUGAGCCUACUGUGAUUGAUGAGGUGCGCACUGGCACAUACCGCCAGUUGUUCCACCCCGAGCAGCUUAUCAGUGGCAAGGAAGAUGCCGCUAACAACUUUGCCAGAGGACAUUACACCAUUGGCAAAGAAAUUGUGGAUCUCUGCCUUGACAGGAUCCGUAAGCUGGCUGACAACUGCACUGGAUUGCAAGGAUUCCUUGUCUUCCACGCUGUUGGUGGUGGAACCGGUUCUGGGCUUGGUUCUCUGUUGCUUGAGAGGCUCUCUGUUGACUACGGGAAAAAGUCGAAGCUGGGCUUCACCAUCUACCCUUCCCCACAGGUGUCCACUGCUGUUGUUGAGCCUUACAACUCCGUGCUCUCCACUCAUUCCCUUUUGGAGCACACUGAUGUCGCCAUCCUUCUUGACAAUGAAGCUAUCUAUGACAUUUGCCGCAAAUCACUCGACAUUGAGAGGCCCACUUACACCAAUCUGAACAGACUCAUUUCUCAGGUUAUCUCUUCAUUGACUGCUUCCCUGAGGUUUGAUGGUGCUCUUAACGUGGAUGUGAACGAGUUCCAGACCAACUUGGUGCCAUACCCAAGAAUCCACUUCAUGCUUUCAUCGUAUGCCCCAGUCAUCUCAGCUGAGAAAGCAUACCACGAGCAGCUCUCUGUCGCUGAGAUCACCAACACUGCAUUCGAGCCAUCGUCUAUGAUGGUUAAGUGUGACCCGCGCCAUGGAAAAUACAUGGCCUGCUGUCUGAUGUACAGAGGUGAUGUCGUCCCCAAGGAUGUCAACGCAGCUGUGGCAACCAUCAAGACCAAGAGGACCAUCCAGUUCGUCGACUGGUGCCCCACCGGAUUCAAGUGCGGUAUCAACUACCAGCCACCCACUGUCGUCCCUGGUGGCGACCUUGCCAAGGUGCAGAGGGCUGUUUGCAUGAUCUCGAACUCCACCAGCGUUGCUGAGGUGUUCUCGAGGAUUGACCACAAGUUCGAUCUGAUGUACGCCAAGCGUGCUUUCGUCCAUUGGUACGUGGGUGAGGGUAUGGAGGAAGGAGAGUUCUCCGAAGCUAGGGAAGACUUGGCUGCCCUGGAGAAGGAUUAUGAGGAGGUUGGUGCUGAGUCUGCUGAAGGCGAAGAUGAUGAUGAAGGAGAGUAUUAGAAAAUGGUUGAAGGAAAAGUCUUGAGCAAUCAAAUCAAUGGUCUCAUUGGUUAGGCUCUCAAGCGUUAUCAUGUGUUUCGUUUAUGUUUCUGUUGAACUCCUCUUUUGCUAAUUCGGAUCUUUUUGUUAAUGACUGAACUUUUGGAUGGUUAAACAUGGUUUUUUUUUUGGUUA